AUGGCUCAUCUCGAGGCUCGCAAGCAUAUUUCAACGGACUCGGGGUUUCCCAUUACACUUCAUCCUCAUUUCAACGAGAAAAUCAAGGACCAUGUGCCACCAGAGCCACCCCGCGAGCCAUUUACCCCGCCCAAGGACCGGGCAUUCUUUGCAGACCCAGAGAAGAAGGCGCUAUUCUCUGUGGCGAAGCAGGUUGACUUAACUGAGUCGAUUGGAACUGUUCUUGAGAAUGUGCAAUUGUCGCAGCUGAACGAGACUCAGUUGGAUGAAUUGGCACUUCUUGUUACUGAGCGGGGAGUUGUGUUUUUCCGGGAACAGGAUCUUACUACCGAGAAACAGGUUGAACUAUUCCAGCAUUAUGGUAUAUUGGAUAAACACCCUGCUCAAAAGUUCGUGAAUAUCAAAGGUAGCCGCGAGGAUCACCGUGAAAUCCUAAGCUACACCCCUUGGCCUAGUGGGGAUUUUCACGCUGAUACCUCGUUUGAGAUCAAUCCACCGACCUACUCCCUACUAAGAAUGGAAGAGCAUCCCGAAGUCGGCGGCGACACAGCCUGGGUAUCCCAAUAUGGCAUAUAUGACGCGCUAAGCAACGCAUACAAAAGGUUCCUCGAUGGCCUUCACGCCGUUCAUACCUCGAGGCUGCAGUAUGAUACCAUCAUCGAUCUAUGGGGUGCAGCUCCUAAUCGCCCUCCAAUCGAUACACACCACCCAGCCGUACGCACGCACCCAGUCACUAAAUUGAAGGCGCUGAAUGUCAAUCCUGGAUUUGUGACUGGGUUUGCUGAGCUCAAGAAAGUUGAAUCUGACAAAGUGCUCGAUUUCUUGGCAUAUCAUAUUCAUUCAGCAGAUGACCACUACGUUCGUUGGAAAUGGGCUGUCGGGAGUGUUGCUAUGUGGGAUAAUCGGUGUACACUUCACCGGGUUAUCCCUGGUACAUACAAAGGAGCUAGAAGGGGUAUUCGGACUACUGUUUUUGGUGAGAUACCAUAUCUCGAUCCUACCAGUGAGAGUCGUGCGGAGCGGAAGUUACGCGAGGAACAUCAGGAUGGUGAGGAUGUUGUCGUAGUUUAA